AUGGCAACGAUGGAUAGCUCAAGCCUUCUCUGCACACUCUGCCCUGGCCAGCCAACCUUCAGUGAUAAGUCUCAUCUCCUGACCCAUGUCGCAUCGAAGGCACAUUUGUCCCAUCAGUUCAAGCUAGGCGUUCGGAGCCACCAGGAACCAGACAUCGCUCAGCUCGUUGCAGCGUACAAUCAUUGGUUUGAAACCAACAACAUUGCCGGCUUGCUUGCUGAUCGAAUGUCGGCCAGAAAGGACAACAAGAACAAGAGAAGACCGCGUGGACGACAGACAUCAUCCACCCAGAGCACCUUGACAACCCCUCUUCCAACCGAAGCUGAUGAUGCAGAUGUGAUUGAAGGCACCAUGCCGACCCCUCUUCCAAUCCAGGGUCCUGUCCCAGAUUCGCUGCUACAAGGCACCUCGGCUAACCCAGCCACCCUGACAACCCCCCUUCUAGCUGAUGACGUUGACGCGAAUGCGAAUCAGAAAGAGCCAGAUGAUUUCCCAGACUACAUUGAUCCUCGCCUGCGCCAGCCCUACAACCCUGUCCACCAGCAUGAAUUGGCGCCCGAGGAGGCUAUUGGCGGUGGUUUCUACUCUGUUACGCAAUCUCCAUCUCUUCGCACCGCAGGUCUCCAACCGACCGACUUCGUAACUCCUUUGGCUAACUCUGUCGUCCGUCGUACCGCUGGAUCUGCCAAAAAUUCUCCGGCUGGCGAAGUCGACCGCGUUGAUACUGCCUCGACUAACAAACACCCUGGAUCGACGAACUGGGCAAGCCAAGGCCCCAUUGCUGAUGACCUCGCAAGCCAGAAUGCCUCUCUGCCCUCGACCCCGAACGUGUUUCACCCUGCAGCUUCGCUCGCACAGGAAAUCGAAGCCGAUGACAGAGCUCGUGAGUUGGCAAGACUGAAGGGUCUUGUGUUGCCCGGAAUGGACGUCUUCGAUGCGGCCACGGAGCAAAUGCGACGAACGCGCAAUCAGAAAAAAGACGGGACUAUUGUGAAACAGCUGGAAAAGACUUCUCGGCUCGUACAACCCACUGAACAGAUCUUCACUCCUACUGGAGUAUUCGUGAAGUCCCGUGUCAUUUCCGGCAACGCAGACGAUGAUAGCCCUGUGGAGGGCGAGUCUCCAAUUCCGAAGAAGGGUGCGGCCCGCGGCAAACGGGGCAUACUGCGGGACAACGACCCCAACAUUCUACUCGGCAAGGGCAGAAAGCGUGUCAAGAGAGACGUGAGCCAGGAGCAGAGCACGGAGUCUUUGGAUGACGUUGAACGGGACACGUUCAUCUAUCGCAAUGGUCCUUUCGGAGCGGCCCAUCAGCGUCAAGAUGAAGAUCUGGGGCUGACUACACAAGCACUCCAAAAGAGACGCCGGGCUGGGUUCACUGUCUACAAGGAUGCUGAGGAAGAGGAUGAACAUAUGGAUCAGACUGUUGAAGACAACCACACACAGCAAGCUCCUCGUGUGACCCUGACUCCUGGAGAUACCUUGGCUGCUCGACGAACCUUUACUUUGGCUCAACUUGACAUGACUAACAAUUCGAACAUUUCAUACAACCAUGGACAUACAACAGAGACAGAGCAAAGCACUGAAGCGAUCCUGGACACUCUUGUUCAUCCUGCAUCACCGCGGUGGGAUUCGAUGACGCCAAUUGUGAAUAGAAGCGACGAUCACAUGAACGACUAUCCGCUUCCUUACCUCUCUGAUCAGACAUCGCCCAACGAUUUCAAUCUCAAUGACCAUGAAGGAUAUUACUGGAACCCUUUGCGUGGUCCUCGUCCUCCGGAGACGAUCGCGUUUGCCAGUUCUUCGGACAAUGAGGAGGAACAGACAAUGGCUGGCUGGGGUGGAUGGACCUCUGCGUCACGGGCUAUCUCCUCUGACGCCACCAUCUCAGAGGACCUUUACCCCCCACCCACUCACCUGUGA